AUGAUCAGCUUCAUCCUAGCUCUUUGGAGCCUCGCGAUUACGCAAAGGGCGACAGCUUGGGAUAUUUCUCAGAUAGAGAAUUACGCCGACUCGAUAAAGACUGUUGACUACAGCUCUCGCUCGCGCUCGGACGUUUUGCAUCCCAGCACCUUCGACAGCCUCUUGGACACUUGGAAAAGACAACAGAAGGUCUUUGCGUCUGCCAAGGCGUCACGCUGCCCAUCCCUUUGCAGCGAUGUCGGCCCCUACCCUGAAAAGUGGGCAGUUUAUGCCGACCUCGAUCGCCUGAAGGCUUGCAACGAAACGUUGUUAUUCGGCGUCAACAUCUUCAACAAUCUUCCUGAUGGUGUCGCCAGGACCAGCAUCAGGGUAUGCACAGCAGACUUUGAUAGGUCGCCGCCUUCAUCUAGAAGAGAUGGUAAUGCUUCGCCUGAGAGCCGUCCAUCGAACGAGCAACUCGUCACUUCUGCCAUCCGUCUAGCCUUGGGCGGUAAAAAGGCCGAGGCAUAUUUGACGGAUGAUGUGAUGGCUGCCGGCCGGCAGAUUAUCAAUUAUGUCAACAACAAACCCACAGUCAACGGAAACCAACCCACUCUCGCACUUGUCUCGGUUCGCGACAAUGUUAUGAUGGGAGUUUACACAGGACACCGGGCCCGCCAGCAAGGUAUUCAUGAAACACUGCUCGAGAAGGUCCUCGCCGAGGUCCAGCAGAACGGGGCCUCCGAUUCCAUGCUCAUGGAGCUUUGCGACAACGACUUUAAGCGCGGCGCUGACUACAUUGUGGGAGUUGCAGCUAGCACUGUGGGCAACUUCUCGUUCGUGCAAGAGGCUGCGAUCACAUGGGCCUGUGGGAAAUGUAUGACAGACGAUACUGUGAUGACAGUCCUGCCAAAGGUAUAUUCCGGAGUCACAUGGAACGUUCUCAACGUCUCUCCCAACUUUACCUCGUCCGUCAACAAGAAGACAAUGACACAAGACACCCCCAAAUCAAGGCAUGAUGGAACCUGUAUCACUCGGCAGGCUGUCUCUGGAGAUUCGUGCGCAUCUCUGGCAGCCAAGUGCGGCAUCUCGCCUCCGGAUUUCACCAAGUAUAAUAGCUACGACAAAUCGCUUUGCUCCAAACUGGUGCCAGGACAACAUGUUUGUUGUAGUAAAGGUCGUCUUCCCGAUUUGAGGCCUAAACCCGGCAAAGAUGGUGUCUGCCACGUUUAUACGACGAAUGGAGGGGACACAUGCUCCACCAUUUCCGCAGCACAUGGUCUGGAGGCGUCCGACAUCGAAAAGUUCAACAAAAAGACUUGGAACUUCCCUGGUUGCAAGAAUCUCUGGGCCCAUAUCAAAAUUUGCCUCAGCAAGGGUGAUCCUCCGAUGCCUGCAGAGAUAGCUGUAAGUCUUCAGAGUCAAUCUACCAGAACCACAUGGGAAGACGCUAAUCAGUCUCAGGUACCGGGUACAAAAAGACCCAAACGAGGCACCGACCUGGCCGACUUGAACCCAUGUCCUCUCAAUGCCUGUUGUAAUAUUUGGGGCAACUGCGGUGUGACUGCCGAGUUUUGCACUGAAUCGAAGUCCGAGUCCGGAGCCCCGGGGACAGCUGCUCCAGGGGAAAACGGGUGUAUCUCUAAUUGCGGAGUCGAAAUCGUCAAGAGCGAUGCUCCUGAGAGGCCGAUACGGAUCGGUUACUUCGAGGCAUGGAAUGCUAACAGACCUUGCCUCAACAUGCGUGCCGAUCAAAUAUCUACGGACGAGUACACCCAUAUUCAUUUUGCAUUUCCCAACGUGACGGAAGACUUCAAAAUCAACGUCUCCAAUAUUCAGAAAGAAUUCGAUCGAUUCAAGAAGCUUACGGGGGUGAAGAGGGUUGUCUCUUUAGGUGGAUGGGCUUUCAGCAACGACGCAGCCACGGUCCAUAUUCUGCGAAACGCUGUUCUCCUACAAAAUCAAGUCACAUUUCAAAGAAACAUCGUCGACUUCCUUGAAGAGCACGAACUUGACGGUAUUGAUCUCGAUUGGGAGUAUCCGGAGGCUAUGGAUAUCGACGGAACUCCGCCUGGGAGUGAACUUGAAGGAGACCUCCUAGCUGUUUUCAUAAAACGGCUAAGGAAAUCCAUGCCAGAAGGCAAAAGCAUUUCCUUCGCGGCGCCAUCAUCAUACUGGUAUCUCCGAGCAUACCCCAUAGAGGUCAUGGCACCGUUCGUCAACUAUGUGGUGUACAUGACCUACGAUCUCCACGGUCAAUGGGACCAUGGAAAUGCCUUCACCUCCCCCGGAUGCCCUUCUGGAAACUGCCUUCGAUCCCACAUCAAUAUGACAGAGACCAUAACGGCUUUGUCUAUGUUAACCAAGGCCGGCAUGCCUUCCAACAAGAUCGCGGUGGGCAUAACAAGCUACGGACGGUCCUUCCAUAUGGCGGAGAAGAACUGCUAUUCGGAGUGGUGUCUCUUCACAGGCACGAGGGUCAAGUCCGAGGCGACCCCCGGAAUUUGCACUGGCGAGCCGGGCUAUAUCGCAAACGCCGAGAUCGAAGAGAUGAGGGAACAAUACUUGACCCACAUCAAGUCCGACCUAUUGGCGGACAUCAUCGUUUACAACGAUACCGAGUAUGUUUCUUACAUGACGGAUGAGCACAAGACCGCACGCAAGGCGCUUUACGAUAUGUGGCAUAUGGCUGGCACUAGCGACUGGGCAGUCGAUCUUCAGUCAUCUUCUUACGACAACUAUUAUAACGAAGACUACGUAUCCGAGCCUCUCGCGAAAUGUGACGGCACCUACGACAACAUCGACGACGUUCACAACGACAAGGCAACAUCCCGAACCACUGCAUCAACAAAUACGUCAUCGGGGCUCUGGGCAAGAUGCUUAAGAAGGCCGUCGGGCGGUAGCCUCGUUGAUUAUGCGUACCUGCCUUUUGAUAAAUCCCCCGGGCUAUUAACUAAGAUCGUGCUUAAGGUCAAGGACGAGGACAAGCUCAAGAAGUUCAUCCUAGAGGAAUAUACCAUUGACUGGGACAACAUUGAGUUUGUCGAAAUUUCUUUAGAGGAUAACGGGAGCGGCCACGGCUGCAAUCUUGGCCCAUGCGGCAUGUAUUUUAUCGCGGGCGUGCCGCGUCUGAAAAGGAACGCCGACGUCCCGAAUCCCAAAUCCUCCGUCGCGGAGUCCAUCUCAAACCUCCGUAAGCUUCCAGACGUCCUCCUAGACACAGCCAAAGACAUCAACGAUCUCCCUGCCGACUCCUCCCCCGAAGACGUCAUCGACGGGGCCAUGCUGCCGGUGUUCAUGGUCAUGACGGCGACGGAGGCGAUGAACCAAGUUGCCGACAUCGGGGAGGAGCUGGAGGAGGCCGAGCGCAAGUGGAUCAUUGGCAUGAUCGUCACGGCGAUCCUCUUCGUCAUCCCAGCCAUCGGUAGCGCGCUGACGGCGGUGACGGGAAUCGCCAUGAUCGCCCGCGUCGCGACGCUGGCGGCGGAGGCCGGCAACGCGGUGUACGGCGCGAUUGACAUUGCGGAGAACCCGGAAAACGCCGUCGCAGGCAUCUUCGGCAUCGUUCUGGGUAUUGCCGGCGUCGGGUCCGCGGUCAAGGGGGUCUGGAAAGAAGCGGCAUCAUUGCGGCGUGGCUUCAAGGCGGCUGACCUUGCGAGUCUGGGCGGAGGUGUGAAGAGUAAGGUUGACUUGGUGGACUCUAUGGUCAAGGUAUGUCGGAUCAAGUCAUAA